GAAGGACGAGGGGACCCUGCUGCUCCUCUCAGGCUCUGAGCUCCAGCUGGUCCUGAUGUGGCCUGUGGUCCUUCCUUGGAGGCACCGGCAGAUCUCUCUUCCUGCACCAGGAUUUGGGCAGAUCCCUGAGGCCGGAUUCAGAGGAAGAAUGACCGGUGGGUCACUUUAAGGUGACCAGUUUUGAUUGGGGAUUAGUAGAUGAACUGCUGCACCAGGCACACCAGGCACCAGCUGCUGCUCAAGGGAUGCCUCUGUGGCUGCUCCUGGUCUCCCUGUGCCUCUCUUCUGCUCCCGGAGUCCCUGCCAUCUACCAGAGGCCGAGUGGGACUCAGCCAGCAACUCCUGCCCCCUUGCAGUACUUGCUGGAGCCCACAAACAAGAUAGUGCAGGCCCGGCGGGGAGCCUCGGUCACCCUGCCUUGCAUCCUGUGGGUCGUGCCCCAAAACUACAAGAUCAGGUGGAGCAAGGUGGAGCCAACAGAGUACCUGGAAGUUGCCAUCCUAAUCAGCAAUGGGGUCCAUCACAAAACCUACGGCCCGCUGGGCAGCCGUUCUCACCUGAAACGCAGCCACCGCUAUGACGCAUCGCUGACCAUCUCCAACCUGACCUUGGACGACGAGGGCCGCUAUCGCUGCCAGCUUGUCAAUGGCCUGGAGGACGAAAGUGUCUCCCUUGUCUUGCACCUAGAAGGGGUCGUCUUCCCCUACCAAACCAGCCAGGGGCGCUAUCAGUUCAACUACUUUGGCGCCCAGAAAGCUUGCCAAGAACAAGAUGCCCGGCUGGCCACCUACCAGCAGCUUUACCAAGCGUGGACGGAAGGGCUGGACUGGUGCAAUGCCGGCUGGGUCAUGGAGGGAAGUGUGCACUACCCCAUCCGCAACUCCCGGAAGCCCUGCGGAGGCCUUCUGCUUCGGCCCGGGGUGCGAACCUACGGGCCCAAGGACAAGCUGAAAGAUCGCUUUGACGCCUUCUGCUUCACUUCGAGCGGGCAAGCUCAUGAAGCUAAUGGGCACAGUGAGGCAGGCCCUCCACGCCACUUCAGUCUGGACUGGGUGAAGCUUCCAGGUGGCCCUCAAGCCCUACGUAGAGCACGCUUCAGUAGCCAAACUGCAGGGUGA